AUGGCCGCUUCUUGCAGUGCUCAACGACCUAACGGCUAUGGUGAUGACGACAGUGAUGAGUGGAAGAGAAGCCUGCCUCCCGGACAUGGCUUUUAUCCCACCGAUCAAGAACUCAUUACGGAAUACCUCAAACACAAGGCUCAAAAUCUGAAAAUUCACGCGGGAAUCAUCAACGAUCUUGAUAUUUAUAACUAUCAUCCUGAAGAACUUGAAGCAGCUAAUGCUUUAAAUAAUUGGAAUGGGCGAAGGUAUUUCUUUACGGCGUUCAAGAGGAAGACUAAAGACGGAACGAGAGGCGACAGGGCGGUGGGCGGUGGGAAGGGAUAUUGGAAAGCCUCUCAGGCGCGAGAACCAUUGAAAGACGGCGGGGGUGUAGUGAUCGGCACCAAACAACCCCUGGUGUUCCACGAUGCUGAAGGCAAAAAAACUUCUUGGCUCAUGUCAGAGUUUCGAUAUCCUGCUAAUGUCGAUCCUUUUCCACUUUAUAAUCAGCGAGAUGAACUUCAAAAGGAUCGGAGCCUAAUAUGUUUGAGUGUUUUGCCCAAAUGCACAAAAAGAAAGAUGGAAAAAGUACAAGCACGCCAUGAUGCUGCAACGCAAGAAGCUGAAGACUCAACUGAGUCACCAAAUAUAAACAUGUCACAGUUUUGUGGUUCAUCUGCUACCUCACAACUUCAUCAAGAUGCAAUGAAAGAGAUGAUGAACCAACAGUUAGAGACCAUGCGGGUUGAGAUGGAGGCUAAACUACAAGCUUAG